CUUAGCCCAAAACAACAAAAUAACAAUCUUCCUCAUCCUCUUUCACUUUUCUUAUCGUUGACUUCUCCUCCUUUCUGUAGCAAUCGAAAGAUUCAAAUCUCUUGAAAGAAAGAAUCUUGAGUAAGUUUUCUUUUUUCGGUCAAAAACAAAAGAAUCUAAAAAUAGCAAGUUCAUCGUUUGAUAUUUUAGAGUUUAACAAGAAGAAUCUUGAAAGCCGUCACCUACAGAUCUGAAGAAUAUUCUCAAGGAUAGAGAGAGAAAUGGCGACGGACUUCAAGUCUUUACCAGUCAUCGACAUCUCUCGUUUACUCCUCAAGUGUGAUGAUCCCGACAUGGCAGAGGAUGUCGGUGUGGCCGAGGUUGUCCAGCAACUGGAUAAAGCUUGUCGGGACGCCGGAUUCUUCUACGUGAUAGGCCAUGGAAUAUCAGAGGAUGUUAUUAACAAGGUUAGAGAGAUCACUCGUGAGUUCUUUAAGCUUCCUUAUGAAGAGAAACUUAAAAUCAAAAUGACUCCAGCUGCUGGAUACAGAGGAUAUCAGAGAAUUGGAGAAAAUGUGACCAAAGGAAUACCAGAUAUUCAUGAAGCCAUUGAUUGUUACAGAGAGAUUAAGCAGGGGAAGUAUGGGGAUAUAGGCAAAGUUAUGGAAGGGCCAAACCAGUGGCCAGAGAAUCCUCAGGAGUUUAAAGAGUUGAUGGAGGAGUAUAUUAAGCUAUGUACAGAUCUUUCUAGAAAGAUUUUGAGAGGAAUCUCCUUAGCUCUUGCUGGAUCACCUUAUGAGUUCGAGGGAAAGAUGGCUGGUGAUCCUUUUUGGGUGAUGCGUCUUAUUGGUUAUCCAGGUGCUGAGUUCACAAAUGGCCAACCUGAAAAUGAUAUUGGAUGUGGAGCUCACACUGACUAUGGCUUGUUAACUCUUGUGAAUCAAGAUGAUGACAAAACUGCUCUUCAGGUGAGAAACUUGGGCGGUGAGUGGAUAUCAGCCAUUCCAAUCCCUGGAUCGUUUGUUUGCAACAUCGGUGACAUGUUAAAGAUACUUUCAAACGGAGUAUACGAAUCCACACUUCAUAGAGUGAUCAAUAACUCUCCUCAAUACCGUGUUUGUGUCGCAUUCUUCUAUGAGACUAACUUCGACGCGGUGGUGGAGCCAUUGGAUAUAUGUAAACAGAAGUACCCGGGAGGGAGAGGAGGAUGCCAAGUUUUCAAAAGAGCUGUGUAUGGAGAGCAUCUCGUAAGUAAAGUCCAGACCAACUUUGCUAUGUAAUGGAAGGCAGAUCUCUCUCUCCUUCUUUGUACACAAUACACCAACUUCAUCUUAAAGUUUGAUUUGUAAUAAUAGUAAGGUACUUCUUUACUUCUGUGUUAUCAUUGGAUAUACAUGUAUUUGCUUCAAAAAACAAAAUGAAAAAGGUAAUUUAGUUUGUUGAUAAUAUUAGUUUCAUGUUUGAUUAUUUGAAAAGCUAGGAAAAAUAAUAAUGAAACUUCGAAAA